UUUCAAAUCACCCAAUUUUUUCUAGUUAAACUGGACAUAGUACAGCUGUACUAUCUCACAAAACAGGCACCCAAAAGGACAAACAUUUAAUUCAAUAUUACCUAUAAAAAAUGCAACUCUCUGCACACUCCAUUUGUACAUAACCAAAACCCAUAGUAACAAUCUUUGAAGAAGACAAAAACAGAGACAUGGAAGGUGAAAUUGAGACAUUCGUUAAGGUAUGGCUUACAUCCACAAUAUGUCUAUGUUAUUGUUAUUACAUAUCUUCCAAAAUCCCAAAAGGCUUUUUAAGGUUUAUCUCUAUCUCCCCAAUUCUCUACCUCUUCAUUACCCUUCCUUUAAAUCUCUCUUCUAUCCACCUUGCUGGCCCCACAAUCUUCUUCCUUGUUUGGCUUUCAUCUUUCAAACUCAUUCUUUUCUCCUUCAAUCAACCUCCUCUUUUCCCUCUCCCAAACACAGUCUUCCAUUUCAUUUCCAUUGCAUCACUCCCCAUUAACCCACAACAAAACCCAACAACAACUUUGCCAUCUAAAAAACCGAAUCCGCCCCUUGUUUUUCUCAAAGUAGUUACAUUGGUAGCAAUCAUAUGUUGCUAUCAAUAUAGAGAACACAUGCACCCUCAUUUGAUUUUGGUUCUCUAUUGCUGCCACAUGUACCUCGGCAUAGAGCUGGUCCUAGCACUCACUGCUGCACCGGUUCGAACCGUUUUUGGGUUUGAAAUCGAACCGCAAUUUAACGAACCUUAUUUAUCAACCUCGCUUCAGGAUUUCUGGGGUCGUAGGUGGAACCUCACGGUAACGCGUACGCUACGCCCUACCGUAUACAAUCCCGUUCGCCACGUUGUUUCAUCUUAUGUCGGUACAACGUAUGCGACUUCUAUUGCCACGCUGGCCACGUUUGGUGUGUCGGGUUUAAUGCACGAGGUUAUUUAUUAUUAUCUUGCACGUGCGUAUCCCACGUGGGAAGUCACGUGGUUUUUUGUGCUUCACGGUGUUUGUACUUCUGUGGAGGUUGCGGUUAAGAAGAUUGUUCUCCGCCGUGGGUGGAGGUUGCACCGUGCCGUGUCGGGUUUGAUUACGGUGGCGUUUUUGGCUGUUACGGGGAAUUGGUUGUUUUUUCCUCAGUUGAUUCGGAAUGGUGUUGAUAGGAAGGCUAUUGGAGAGUAUGAAGUUAUUAUGGAUUUUGUCAAAGAUAAGUUACGUGCAAUUACAUUUGUUUUUAAUUUGUAGUAAACAUUAGUUUCUAUAAACUUGCAAAUUUUAAAUUAUAGUUUUGUUUGAUUGAUUGAAAUUGAUUUGUUUAUUGAGCAUGUUGUUUUCGGCUCGUUA